UGUGACGACAUUGAGACGCGAACGGCUUGUUAUUUCGAAACUGGACGAAAAGAAGGGGGAAAACAUACUAACAGAAGUUCAUAUUCACAGUCUCGGUUCUACGCUUCGUCGUAUAAUAUAUAUUUGACGAUGAAAUAACAACCACUAUAGAAAAAUAGAAAUAUAUCGCGAUGAUGAUAUUGUAUUCGUGAAAUAAAAAUUUGUUGUGUUCUCUUUUUCUUCUUUUUCUUUCUUUUCGCACGUCAGUGUUUCUUUGUUCUAAUUUUAUUAAUUUUAGCGAUCACGCUACGUUGAAGAUUUGGUGUAGUCACGUACAAUAAUCGUAAAAAUAUAAACGACCAAGGGAAAUAAUAUUGACGACUGAGAAAAUUAAAGAAGAUAGAAAACAAGAAGAAACGAACAAAAAAGAAAAAGGAAAAAAGAAAAGAGGAAAAUGAAAUAAGAACGUGUGUGAACGAUUUUGUACAACGAUUAAACUCGUAUUGCUAGGAUCGAUUAUGCGAUGUAUCGAGAUACGAUAAUUACAAUGUUACAACGUUACCACUGAAUUAUUCAUCGAGAAAAUUAUAUAUUUCUUUGGAAAAUAAUAGUGAAUCGAUCGUCCGAUAUAUCGCGUACGUAAGAUUAACCGUUGAAAUAAUUAUCGAAAUAUAACGACGGUGUAAUCAUCGAGAAAUAUUCAAGCAGUUAGCGGAAAACGUAAUCUCGUUGAGUGUCGUUCAAUACCUACCUAUUAAAGAAAAUAAUAUUCCACUGAAGAUAUAUACUAAUGGAGGUGCGACGUGUUAAUCAAAAGUUAAAAUUUUAACUCAUUCGUUAAAGUGAUUUAUUUCACGAUUUUUAAAUUUAAGAAGGUGUAUCGACGGACAAGUUUGACGAGCAGUUUAUAUCCUGUUUGCUGCUCCUUGAAUUCAUUAGUUAAAAAGUUAUAUGUAUAUAUAUAUAUACAUAUACAUAUAUAUACUUAUGCAGUUAACACAUGUGUAUGUACAAACGAGUGUCAGUAGGUCCAAAUUAAACUCGGCAGAUAUUCCAGAAAGAUAAACGUUAUCAACGUUCGAUUCUCGCGGAAGGCACGUUUUAAACUGUGUAUAUAUAUAUAUAUAUAUAUAUACGUGUAUGUAUGUAUAUGUAUAUAUGUAUGUGUGUCGAGUCAAGUAGAGUCGCCAUCGAAAAAGUUGGUAUAAUUUACGAGCGUACGAAAACUUAAACGAGUUCCAACGAGAAGGAGGCCGCAAUCACUUCCACAGUUGCCACUGCCACUAUCGUUUCUGUCCUUAAUUGCUUCAAGUAUUUUAUUUCAGUCUCUUAGUUUUAAAAACCGUACGAAUGAACGAAUUAUAUCUUCACAGUUAAAAAGAUAUAAAUACGAUUUUACGAUGGCGAAAGAAGGAUUGAAAGAAUAUAACAUGGAAUUUAUUAAAACUGAUCUUUUACCGGAAAUGGUUCAUAAUCGAUGUUUUUGUGAAUCAGGUUCACGCGAAUUUGUCGAAUUCGAAUCGGCCAUCGUCGAAUCACUCGUAACGCCUGAUGAUUCGUUAAAACCAUGGGAAUUGUAUCGUGUUAAAGCUAUUGUAAGAUUUUCCGGUGAACCAAUGAGUUUUCCUUUGAUCGUGAAACUAUUACCGUCAUCCGUUCAGUCGGAAUACUCAUUCGCCCGUUUUCAAAACGAAGAAAUGUUUUACAGUAAAAUGAUUUCUUUGUAUGGCAAAGAUCUAUUUCCAAAGUGUUACGCUUCGGACAUGGGACGAUACGGAAUGCCGGUCAUCGUUCUCGAGGAUUUAACAGCGAAUGAAUAUGAAACGAUUCAAGAAAAUAGAAGGAUGAACGAAGAAGAAUUGAAGUUAUCUUUGAAAAGUCUUGGAAGGUUUCACGGGAUAGGUUUGAGAUUGAAAAAUGAAAAGUUCGAGCUUUAUCGAGAAUUUUACAUGAAACUAUCGAAUACUGUCGUUACGAACGAAGUAUCUGAAAAGUCCAUAAUGUUUUCCGAUGAAAAUUCGUUGGAAAAUUCAUUAAUGGUAAAAGAGAUGAAGAAAUUAUGGUAUAGUAAUAUCGGAGAGAAUGUUAGUGAAACUUGUACGAACGUCGAUGAUAUCUCAUGCAUAUGUCAUGGUGAUUUUUCCAAGAGGAAGGUGUUGUUCAAACGUGAGAAGAACGGUACGCCGAUCGAUGUGAAAAUGAUCGACUGGCAAACAAUGAGAUAUUGCUCGCCUGCUAUCGAACUCGUUAUCAUUUUCAUCAUGAAUAUUCCGACGCCAUCUCGAGAUCAGCAUUUCCUUCAGGAAAUAUUGACGGUCUAUGUUGACGCCGUUAGAAGUGAAUAUACCACGAUAACGUGUGAACGAUUGAUUGAACAGUUAUCAUCAACAUCCUUAGGCUAUUUUACAUUAUUACUUCAAAAGGAUAUCAUGAAUAAAGAAAUAGCUCAACAAUGGAUAGAGUUUAUUCAAUCUUUACGCGAUUUUUUACGUGAUUGAAAGGAGAAAUUAAAUAUAUAUAUAUAUAUAUAUAUAUAUAUAUAUAUAUAUAUACAUAUAUAUUUGUAUAUUUAUUAUUAUUUUUUUAUAUAUAGAGAUUAAUUAUUAAUAAUAUAAUCGUUGUAUAUCCGAUUGAUAUCGAUGUAUGUAUUUAUUUCAAUUUUAUAUGUAGUACAAUGUAACGCUUUGCAUUUUACUAUGCUUGUUUCUUUUUCUUUUUAUACGAGCGUUUUUGGUAAAGAAAAAAGAAAAAAGAAAAAAAAAAUAA